AUGAAUUUUCAACCAAAUGAACAACCAACAUUUGUCAAUAAUGAUACUUCAAUCUGUUUUAAUGAUGAACAACCAAACAAUCCAUUAUUGCCAAAUAUUGAAUCAAGAUUUAGUCCAACAGCGAAUCUUGCUUUAGAUUCUCAUUUAAUAAAUGAAUUAAUCGAUUUCCAUCAGAAAAGUACACGCAAAGGAAUGAUAUAUUGCUGUAACUUAUUUGGAAUAUUGUUCUUAAUUGGUUUGGUAUUAUUAAUCAUAGGAUUUGUCCAUCCAACAUGUAGUAUUGAUUCUGGUGACUGUUCAUCAACAUCUGAACUAUAUCUCAUUUUUGGUGGAAUUCUAAUGGGCUUUGGCAUUGUGUGUGCGUUGAUCGGUCUCUGUAUGAAUUGUUGUUGCAUAAAACAACAAUUUGAGGAUGUAAAUUUUAGUGUUAAUGGACAGCAGCCAGUUGUAUGGCGACUGGAUGGUGAACAAUGGGUACGAUAUUUGAAUUAUAUGCAUGGUCCAAAUCGAAUAUGGAUGGGAAUGGGUCCAUUAUCAUGUUUCUGUUGUCGACGUUCAACUUAUGAACGAUUGAUGAAUCGUCAACAUGGUCAUAUUAUUUUACAUGAAAAAGGUUUAAUAAUCGAUGAAUUAUAUUUUGUUUCAUUUCGAGCAUAUAAAUUACAAGGUGUAGAAAUACUUUAUAUCGAGCAAUAUCCACAAAUAAUAGGUUUAAGAAUACAUACUUAUGUUCAAACAAAAGGAAAUAACAUCUAUUACGAUUUUGAUUUAUUUGCACCACCGUCAGUUUCAGUGGAACAAAUACGAGCACUCGCUCGAGCAUACAUUAUUAAAAUACCUAGUGUUAGUGCACUCGAUUUACCAUUGGAAGUAAUUCAUAUUCCUGAAUCAAUAUUGUUUGCAUCCAGCUAA